AUGAGCACUAACAAAUCCCAUCAACCGAUGUCCCAGGCACCAACUUUCUCACCGUUGGUUUUAGUCGGUGGAGAUAGUGAGGAAAGCGAUGAAACCUCAGCGCCCUUUUCCCCUCCCGCAGCAAAUGUGGUCUCCAAGUCCGUGACAAUCUCACCACUAAAUCCUGUGACUCACUUUACUAACCCUAAAUUCAGUGAGGAUGGUGAUUAUGACGUUCAGGUUGAUGAUGACGAUGCUUUUUAUUACCCUGAAUUAUCCACCACUGAUGAUCCUCCUCCACCAAUCUCCCCAUCGGCUAUUGGAAAAAGCGGGACUGCGGCCAUUUACUCAUCUCGACAUCGCCCGCCUCCGCCUCCUCCCAGUUCGCGUCAUCAGAAACUCUAUGGAGAUAACCAGGAAGAGGAUGAAGAAGAGGAGGCUAUUUUAGAGGAAUCAGAAGUUCCACUUGAUGCUUCGGGUCUUUAUCGUCGGCUUACAGAUGAGGAUAUUCUUGUGCCUGUUUAUAACCGCAGCAAAAAUGAUUCCUCCAGCAACCAUGAACGAUCUCCUUCCCUCUCUUCUGCCCUUUCUCGUGUUGCGAAUGAAGAGUUAGCGCUGAAGGGGGAGGACGACGACCCCGUGAAUAAUGCCCUAUCAAGACUCAUGGGAGCAUCAAUGGCGGCCGCCCAAGUACAAGCUGCAGCAGUUCAAGCGGCGGCAGCUGCGGGUCUGGAUCACUAUGAUGCAGCUAUUCGUCUGCCUAGUCUAGCUGUGAGCCAAUCGCUUUCCACGGCUGAAAGGUCCACCGAUUCCGUGCCCCUCAAAAAGCUCUCCGUUGACCUCAUAAAGACUUAUAAACAGAUCAAUGAGGUCUACUACCACAAGAAGCGAAGGUCAAAGGAGAACAGACAACAACAACAGCAACAGAGCCAUCAAUCACAGCGCAAUUCGAGAUACUUGGUUGAGACAGCGGACGGCGGAGUGGAAGAAGUUAUUCGCUCUCAGCAUCUACCCCAGUCGUCGGCCAAUGAAACAGAUCUACUUUACACCAAUGCUGCUAUCAAUACCUCAGCUGCAGGUGGAGCUGGAGCUUUAAUGCCUACGGCCUACUAUCAGCUAAAUAAUAAUACAAUCUAUAAUCAUAAUCAUCAAACUCCCUUGACUGCAGAUCAUGUAGUUCAAAUGCAAGCUCUCACCUCUAAACUUGGGGAAAUGAGCAUUUAUAACGAGGGUACCAGCGGGGAUGAUAUUGGGGGACUGAGUAAUUUCGUAGGUGGUUUUGCACCAUCUUCCAGCCUUCCUCAACAGCAACAACAUCCUCGUCCGCGAACCAGUCGCUUGAUGCAGCAGCAUCUGCCUCCCAACUUCCUCACCAACACCGCUACCUCGCAUCCAAGUGACUUCUACAAUCCCCACCAUCAUCACCAACCGCAACAUUUACUUAAUCCUCAACAGCAGGCUGCGGUAGCUAACUACUACCAGAACCAGUCGGCUUUCAUUGAAGCCGCGGCUUUCGCUGCAGCUACUGCGGGUAGUUCUAUGCAGCAGCAGCAGCAGAAAUCUCAACAUCAGAGCCAUCCUUAUGCUAGUGGAAAUACUUAUGCUAAUGCCGUCGACUCGGAUGUACUGCAAAAUCCUCCUAUAUAUGCCUGUAAGUUUUCAUCUAUUUUUGCUAUUCAUAUCCACCCCUCUUAA